UUGCAAAAUGGCGAAUAUUAUACAGAAGGUGUCUUCGUUCUUAUUUUCAGAACAAUGUAUGAAACGGUAUUUUGAAGAGUAUGAUUUUGCACACGUGGAGUGUUUCAAAGCCACACUGAGCAAAGGCCUAGGAAUAGCAAUUAUUUUAGGAUCGUUACUUGUAAAAGUACCGCAGAUUGUUAAAAUUCUUAACAAUAAAAGUGCCGAAGGAAUCAACUUUGUCAGCGUAAUGCUAGACUUAUUCGCAAUUACGGCAAUGGUAUCUUACAGCUUUGCCAGUCAAUUUCCAUUUAGUGCCUGGGGCGAUGGAGUAUUUUUAUUAAUACAAACUCUAGCAAUUGUGAUGUUGGUGAUGCAUUAUGGUGGGCAUACUGCGAAAGCAACUGCAUUUCUUGCAGCUUACAUAGGAGUAAUUGUUGCAGUUGUCAGCAACUCUGUUCCUUUGCAUAUUCUCUGGGUUGGACAAGCAAUGGUUAUUCCUAUUGUCCUUAUGAGCAGGCUAAUGCAAGCCUAUACGAAUUAUUCGAAUGGAAAUACAGGUCAACUCUCUGCAGUGACAGGUUUCAUGCUCUUCUUCGGUUCCCUGGCAAGAAUUUUCACAUCUAUUCAAGAAACUGGAGACUCGACUAUGAUAGCGAUGUUUGUCUGUUCCACUUCAGCAAACGCUCUUAUCGCUUCGCAAAUUAUCUACUACUGGAAUGUGCAACCAAAGAAACCAGUCAAAUCGGGAAAAAAGAAACAAUAAGACUUUCAGAGACAUGCAUUUCGUAACCGAUUUAUCAUUUUUUAAUCAGAUCAAUUUCAUUUUAAAGGGAUUUUUUAAAAAUAUUUUGAGGGCAAUUUUCCUCUUUCUUUAUGAAAACUUUGUGUCUAUGCAAGGCGCAAAGUUUACAAGGAUUAAAUGCAUGUAAAUAGUAAUAUAUAGUUCAAUAUUGAGCCUCAAUGGGACGAGAAAAUUUAGGAAAGACUUUAUAUUUUAAAUAAUGUUGUAGAUACUUUUUUACUCUACAAUUAAUUAGUCACGCGAUAUAUCGGUAUCUAUAAUUUAAAUGUAUAUCUGGAAUUAAAGGAGGUUAAACUUGUAAUUAUUGUGGCCAAAAGAGCCGAGAGCAGGGAUUUUAAUAAUAAAUUUAAUUAAAAAUUA